AUGGAUGACCAAGUCAAGUCUUCAAAGGAUGGCAACCCUCGGGUUGUUGACAAGCCAAAUUCGCGCGCUGACUUCAAGCAAGCGCAACUCGCUGGUGGAUGGAUACCCGGCAUGGACACCAAAGUGGACUACUCAGAUGAAUUCGAAUUCGGUGGCUCACUCGGUAACUUGGCACUUAUGAUUGGCUUCCCAUUGCUGAUGUGGUACAUGUGGAUCGGUGCUACCUACUAUGACGGGAAACUACCUCUGCCGCAAAACGGACAGUCCUGGGCGGACUUCGGAAAGCAUCUGUGUCACCUUGUUUACAUCGGUGCGUUUCCGCACUUUAGGGCGUGGCGCAUCUACUGGACAUUCUACAUCUUCGAGGCAGCAUGCUACAUCUUCAUGCCUGGGUUCACGUGUUAUGGGAAGCCUCUUCGCCAUUUGAAAGGCAAGCAGCUGGAGUAUUAUUGCUCCGCUUACAGUAGCUUGUACUUCACAAUGGUUGUCAUGGCUGCUCUGCACUACACUGGAAUGUUCCCAAUCUACACUAUCCUAGAUGAUUUCGGUCCUCUGAUGUCCGUGGCGAUUUUGUCCGGGUUUCUCGCCAGCUUUUUCGCUUAUUUCUCUGCAUUUGCUCGAGGUACCCAGCACCGCAUCACUGGUUACCCAAUCUAUGAUUUUUUCAUGGGAGCAGAACUCAACCCACGCAUGUUCGGGAUCCUGGACUUUAAGAUGUUCUACGAAGUCCGUAUCCCAUGGUUCAUGCUCUUGGGUCUGAGCUGCGCAGCUGCCACUCGCCAAUAUGAACUCUACGGCUAUGUCUCCGGUGAAGUUAUGUUCCUUGUCAUGGCACACUUCCUUUACGCCAAUGCCUGCGCCAAGGCAGAGCACCUCAUCACCACAACAUGGGACAUGUACCAGGAGAAACUGGGAUUCUUGUUGAUCUUCUGGAACAUGGCUGGCGUCCCUAUGUCAUAUUGCCACUGCGUUCUGUACCUGGCUAAUCGUCACCCGUCAACAUAUGCAUGGAACAAAAAUGCAUUGGCGGUAUUGUUUGUGUCAUAUCUUUGCGUCUACUGGGUCUGGGACACUGCAAACAGCCAGAAGAACGCCUUCCGCAUGAUGGAGCGAGGCAAAAUGGUUACGCGCAAUACCUUCCCCCAGCUUCCUUGGCGCCACGUUAACAAUCCAAAGACACUUGUGACAGACGACGGCGAUACCAUUUUCGUUGAUGGGUGGUACCGAUUGGCUCGCAAGAUCCAUUACAGUUGCGAUAUGUUUUUCGCUUUGUCGUGGGCCCUAAUCACCGGGUUCGACAGCCCCCUUCCCUGGUUCUACCCUGUCUUCUUCGCGGUUAUGAUCGGCCACCGAGCCAUGAGGGAUAUCACCAAAUGUAAAAACAAGUAUGGGAAGACAUGGGAUGAGUAUGAGAGGCAGGUUCCAAGCCUCUUCAUUCCGUAUGUGCUCUAA